AAAAUUGUGGAGCACUUUCAAAAUUUGGCAAAAUACCGUAGCGCAGUCAAAGAACUUUUGGCGAUUUUAUUGUUUUGAGGUGAAACUGCUAGCCUACUACCUGUCCGCCGCCGUUAAAGAGUCAAACGAAGAUGGCGGUGCCUGACGGUCGGCUGGAGGAAGAUGACGACGGCGCAGCUCUAUUCGAGGAAGACGGCGUGGAGCUGACAGACGACGAAGGCGGAGACUCCGAAAUCCCCAUCCACCUUCGCCCCCUCGUCUCCGCCGCGGAGUCCGGCGACGUAGAUACCCUCCGCCUAGCCCUUGACAAUUUUGAUGGCAACAUUAACGAGCCAGUGGAAGAUGGCGACACUGUUCUUCAUCUCUCGUGUCUCUAUGGCCAUUUGGCUAGCGUCCAGUUCCUGUUAGAAAGGGGAGCAAACAUAGAGGCUAAGGAUGAUGAUGGAGGAAUUCCUUUGCACGAUGCCUGUGCUGGAGGUUUUACAGAAAUAGUCCAACUUCUCAUAAACUCCGCAAAUAACCCAGAGCUUGUGAGGAGAAUGCUCGAAACUGUCGAUAUGGAAGGGGACACACCGCUUCACCAUGCUGCUAGAGGCGAAUAUGCCGAUACCGUGAGAUUGUUGCUUGCUUACGAGGCUUGUCCAACUAGGACAAACAACUACGGAAAGACUCCAGUCGAGCUUGCUGACGCUGGAACUGAAGCCAAGAUGAUAUUGGAAGAGGCUACUAGUGCUGCACUUAGCCAUUGACAAAUUAAGCCUCUGCAAAUCUGACUAUGCUUUUGAGUUUGGGAAUAUCAUCAAGUGCGGUUUACUCUUCUAUAGGUGGGUAAAACUUGAUAGAUUGAACAAUUAGUAUGUGGAUUUGGACAUUUUACUUAAAUUGUAUUUUGAUGUUACUAGUCCCAAAACACAUGAUUCAUGGUUUUCAUCAUCUUCGAGCCUUCUGAUAUUUGGGAAAUUGGUUACUUGGCUUCUUUGGCUGCUAAACUAAUAAUAGAUUUAGUACACGAAGCUACUUUAGGGCUAAUAAUCUUAAAAUAAUCUCA